GUAGUGAGAAAUGCAACGUCCUGCCCUUCUACAUCUUGAAUAGCGGGGAGUCAUGAACCGCUGCAAGGUGACGCGUCCUCCGCGUUCAGAGGAAACUUCAACCUAGAGACACCGUGUUAUUUAUCGCCCCGUCAACCAUCGGGAAACUGCACCAGCUUUUCUCUUAUUAAACCUCGGGAGCGUCUUGCGCAGUGGUACGGCGAGCGGAGCAAGCGGUGGCGGCGGCCACUCCGGGGAAUGUCGACCGGCCGUCAGUCCUGACAUCGGCCUCUUCUCAUCUCCGACACCGACGACAUGGGGUCUGUGUGCGGUCACUGAAGUGUCUUGGAGAACGGCAUGGCACUGUGUCAGUUGAGCGUCUGGGUGAGAUGAGUUUUGCCUGUAAGCAGUGUGAGCUCUGCUGACAAACAGGCACAGCUAUUCUCCAUACCAGACCUCCACCUCGAUCACCAGCCAAUCAAAUGCACCCAGACAAUAAACUGGCCAAUCAUGGCAAGCAAGUGACCAGUGACAGUCGAUCCCAAAUACCCAAUGUAAAUCAUCAGGCUCAGCAGCAGCAGGGAACUGCUGGCCACCUGUGUCCAAAGGGCGUUGGUGCUGGGAGCCAUGGAGUCAAAACCAACCAGAUUUCUCCUGGCAAUCCUGGGCUGAAGGCUGUCAGCCAAUCAGUGAGCAGUGUUGGAGGGAUGCUGAAAACCAAAUCCAAGCGGGAGAGAAGUGUCUCCAUUGACUCUGGUGAACCCAGAAAUGCCAUUCCUCCAGCCCUGGAGCCAGAUGCCAAAGGAGAGGGUGUAAUGCGCAGUAAGCGGCGCUGUGUUUUGGAGAAGAAACAGCCGUAUAGCGGAGAUGAAUGGUGCUCUGGACCUGACACAGAGGAAGAUGAUGACAAGCCGCACACUGCAACCCAUCGGGAGAGGGGGCUGGCUGGUUCUAUCCAGGGGCUCUCUGGUCGCUCAUCUGCAGGGCCCAUCUCUGAACCCGGAGGUCCAGCAAUGGGACGUGGAGUGGGUCCAGGAUUAAAAGCAGAGCCACCUCAGGCUUCCCAGCAAAUGGUGUAUGUUUUCACAACCAGCCUAGCCAACAGUGCUGCAGAGGCAGUAAUGAAAGGACAGACAGAUUCCAUCCUUCUAUUUCACCAGCAAAAUGUUCCACGCACCAAGUUGGAGCAGAGUCACCCAUCAGGAAAGCUUCCUACAUUGUCUGAGAAGGUGAGCUCCAGCAGCUCUCCUCCCAUGGGUACCCCCAAAUCCCAGAGUGGGACACCACAGCCAGCUUCUGCAGCAGUGGGAGGCCAUUUGCAUCCUGCAGGGACACCGUCAUCAGCAGGGCAUUCUGAUAGUGAAUCAUCACAUACCAGACCUGGCGGAACAUCAAGCAAUAACAUUAGUGUCAUUGCCCAUAAAUCAGAGGGAGGGAGCACAGCCACACCUGCAGGACCCAUCCCAGGAUCAGGAGGUGCCGAAGGUACAGGGGUUUUGCCUCUCUCUGAUGCUGGUGUGUCUCCUUCUGGUAGUCCCUCUGUCUUAUCAACACACCUGCAGAGUGAUCCAGGACAGAGGAGUGGCCCGGGAAACACAGAUGGUCUUUCCAAAGAGCAGCUAGAACACAGAGAGCGCUCUUUGCAGACACUGAGAGACAUAGAGAGGUUGUUGCUGCGCAGUGGGACUGGUGGAGGACCUAGUGAGACAGGAGGCUCCACCAACAAUCCUAACAAUAACUCCUCCAACCUAAACAAUAACAAUAACACUGACAGGAGUGGCAUUCUUGAACAUAAUGACAAUGGUACUAACAACUCUGGAAAUUGCAGUAGUGGUAAUAUGCUAUCCUCAGCUUUGCCUCCUAUGGGAGGGAUGAAGAAAUAUGAAGAACCUCUUCAGUCCAUCAUUACUCAAACACAGAGCCUUGGCGGGCCUGCCAUUGACAGCCCUCAAAUGGACUCUCACCAUAACAUGCCACAUCCUCAUCACCAGCUUUCUUCACCUGGGCUGGACAUGGGUCCCUUACUUGGACCAGAGGGACUGACCCCAGAACAGGUGGCCUGGAGGAAGCUUCAAGAAGAGUACUACCAAGAGAAGAGACGGCAACAGGAAAUGCAACCUCCAACACAUGCACAGCACUUCAGAAUGAUGACAGAAAUGGGUAUGCAUGGAGGUCCCAUGAUGAUGAGGGGACCCCCUCCUCCCUACCACAGCAAAGCUGGAGAUCAGCAGUGGGGUCCUGGCUCUAUGAUGGGAGGUGGGAUGGGUGGAAAUGCACGUAUGAUAGACAUGCACCAAGAGGGGCCCCGUGGCCCAAGAUUCAUGGGACAGCUUCAGCGAGGGCCACCUGGGGGAGUUUUUCCUGGUAGUCCUGGGGGUGGUUUAUCAAUGGAGGGUCUGGGAGCCCAGAGGCCCCCAAGGCCAGGCAUGAUCUGGCUAGAUGAUAUGCCCAAUAACAUGGGUGGUGGGGGUCCCUUUCAUGGCUGCUACCCUGGUGGACCAGGUGGACCUCCUCAGCACUUGCAGGGUGAUCCAGAACGUCUUAUAACUCGCGAGGAAAUGUUUCGCAUUAUGGAGAAGCGUCAGCUGCAGGGGAUUCACAGGUUUGAGCUUGACCGAUUAGCUAAACAGCAGCAACAAGGCAACCUGGGCUCAAGAAGUAUGGAUAAUCCUGGGGGCUCAGGCUUUCCCAAUUUGGGCAUGGGUCGGGUCGGUCCAUCCUCCCGAGGUGAACCUAUGGACUUUCCUGGUUCACGUGAGAUGAUGGGCUCUCCUGGUGGGGCAGGGGGCCCCCAGAUGAGAGACAUGGUGGAUUCUCCUUUGGGGAGCAACCUUAAUAUUAACAUGACCCCUCAGAUGAACAGUCAACAACAUCAGCAGAUGAUGCUGUCUCAAAAGCUCAGAGCUGGUCCUGGUGGAGGAGGACCUUUAGGUGAAAUGUUAAGCCCUGAGGAGAUUUCACGAAUUAGGGCUUCACAGAAUGGAAGGGGAGGAAAUAAGGGAAUGAUUGCUGGACCCGACAGUGCCCUUCAGUUUCCCAACCAAGGUCCCUUUUCUGGGGGACAAGUGGAAGGGCCAUAUCUCCAGCAGCCUGGCCCUGAAAUGUUUGGGCCUGAGCAGCAGGGUCCUAAUCAAAUGGGUGAAACGUCGCGGCUUAGUCAUAUGCCAAUGACUGGAAGCCUAAGGGGAGCAGACCUUGGCCCUCGCCACCCCUCUGAUCUAUCAAUCAAUGUUAACCCUAUGGCCUCUCCUGCAAUGCCGCCUCCUCACCAGCUCAAGUCUCCAUCCCUAAGCCAAGAACCCUCUCCUCUGCUACCUUCCCCAUCUGCUCCAGGACUCAAGUCCCCUUCACAGAUCCCUGCAGGGCCUCAUCCACCUCUUCCUCCUGCUUCUGGUGCUGGGACUCCUUCAUCUUCUUCCAUGAAGUCUCCCCAGGUAAUGGGGUCUUCCACACUUGGGUUGCGCUCUCCCUCUGCCUCUCCUGGACGCCUUAAGUCCCCAACUAUUCCUGUAGGCUCUCCAGGAUGGGCAUCUCCAAAAACAGCUCUUCCAAGCCCAGGUGGUCCAACCACUGGGAAGGGGGUGGGAAAUGGAGGAACUAGCUCCACUGAGACAGGCCCAUCACUGCCCCCCAGGAGUUCCAACUCCACUCCUAUCAGCCAGCCAGGCUCCAUGAAUCCCAGCAUGCCAUUUACUUCCUCUCCUGAUGCCCCUCCAUCCCAGAAUCCUUUGUCCUUGAUCAUGUCUCAGAUGUCCAAAUAUGCCAUGCCUAGCUCCACUCCUCUCUACCAUGACGCAAUCAAAACAAUUGCCACUUCUGAUGAUGAGAUAAUGCCAGAUCGCCCUCUUUUACCUGGUGUCAGCAUUGGAGGAAACAUGGGGAACCCCCAGACCUCCCAAAUGCUUGUUUCCCAGAGCUCAAUUGGACCCCACAGUGAUCCUCAAAGUCCUAUGGGAAUGGUACUCCAAGGUCAGCAACAACUGUCUCAUGAUGCCUCAGGACCCAUGCUGUCUUCCCCAAACCCCAUGGGCAUGCCUGGGAUGAAUUCUGCCAUGAUGGGAGGAGGACCACCAGAUGGAAUGGGGCCCUGUAGUGUUUCACCAAUGUCUCAAACCCAGAUGAGUGGGUUUCCUCGCAUGCAGCCACCAUCUCAUGGGCCCAUGCACUCCCCGGUUGGAGGAAUGUCACAGCAUUUCUCUCAGACUAAUGAGGAUGUUUUGCCAUCUCAGCAGUUGCACCUGCUCAGCAAGGGACAUCCUCACCAGCGACACUCACACCCCUCUGAUUCCUUCCCCUCAUUGCCCAUGGGGGACGGCCCAGAUCUAAGUGAAGUCAUACGACCCACUCACACAGGAAUCCCUGAGUUUGAUCUUUCCCGUAUCAUUCCCUCUGAUAAACCUAGUAGCACCCUUCAAUACUUCCCUAAGAGUGAGCCACAGCAGAAUCCACACCAGGGGCAGCCAUCCCAGCAGCAUACCUCGCAACAGCUCCUCAAACAACUCUCUUCCUCCGCACCCCCACAUAGCAGUGGUCCAUCAUCGAACCCCCAUAUAGCCAACCUUCAGAACAUGAUGGCUGAACAGCAGUUGCCACCUCACCCCACACAUGGUGGAAUACGCCAAAGCAUUGGUAUGCCUCAGGGGGGCUCAAGAGGUAUGGUUCCUGGUGGGGGCAUGGGUCCAAUGUGCCCCCCUGGACAUAUGAUGGGAAGGACAGGCAUGGUGCCCCAGCAGCAACUCCAGCAACAGCACCACCAGCAGCAGCAGCAAGCCAUGAUGGCCAACAGCCUUCUCCACCACCCUUCACAUCCAUACCCAGGCAUGAUGCCCCCCCAGCAGCACCCACACAGUCUGAUGGCACAGCAAAACCUUAUGAUGAUGCAGGCAAAGCAGCGAAGUAUGUCAAUUCCCGGGGAUCCUUUUGGCCCUCAGGGUCCUCUCAUGUCCCCUCAGGGUCCCAUGAUGGCCCCACCCCAUCCACAGUCUGGUAUGAUGGGUCCCCAGUCUUUCAGACAGCGGGGAAUGUCACUGGACAGUCCCAUUGGCUAUGGUCCCGGAGGUAUGGCCAAUAUGCCAUUCUAAUCCGACUCAUUUGAACUGUAAAAAACGUAUUUCCAGUAGAUUGCUUUCCCAUUAUGUCCAAAUGUUUCAUUGUUAUUCUUGAAGUUGUUUUAAAAAGAUAAAUUGUAAAAAAAAAAAAAAAAAAAAAAGAAAGGAAAAAAAGAAAUAUCAGUGAUAAUCUUCAAAUUUUG